UUGGUUCCGGGAUACAAAAAUGGCGUCCACUCUGCUGAAGGUUGCAGCUUUUUCCAGAUGGUUCCGUCCCACCUUGAUGAGAGCGUACUCCAGAACAGCAUCUCUCGGUCAGGGCGUCCCAGGAUCAGUGUGGAAACUGGGGCGACUUAACCACAUCGCCAUUGCAGUGCCCGACAUGGAGAAGGCCACCUCCCUUUACAGAGAUGUACUAGGGGCCACCGUGAGUGACAAGGUGCCUCUGCCAGAGCACGGAGUCUACACUGUUUUUGUGGAGCUCGGUAACACGAAGCUUGAGCUGCUUCAUCCUCUGGGAGAGAAGAGUCCUAUAGCAGGAUUUCUGCAGAAGAACAAGUCUGGAGGGAUGCACCACAUUUGUAUAGAGGUGGAUAACAUAAAUGCAGCAAUAUCAGACCUCAAAGCAAAAAACAUCAGGACUCUCUCUGCAGAGCCGCGGAUCGGUGCUCACGGCAAACCUGUGAUGUUUCUUCAUCCUAAAGACUGUGACGGGGUGUUGGUGGAGCUGGAGGAGGCUUAACACUGUGUCUUAUAAAAGAGAGACUGACAAACACGAAAUUAAAAAAGAGAAAUUUGAGGUGGUUUAAUGUAGAACUACAAAAUGCAACUAUUUACUUUAUUUUUGUUUUCUACUUCUGAAUUUGAUCUGAUGUCCCCAGAGUUUAAUAUUAUAAACGUGUAUAAAGAACGUACUGAAAGCUAUAAAUGGCUUUUCUAUAUUGUAGUAAUGUGAGCCAGGCCAGCUCGGCGCUUCCUUAAUACAGAAUAAUCUCAUUUGUCACCACUGGGGGGGCAAAAGACCUUUCCAGACAAAGAAAAUGUAUCCACCACAAAAUCCAUGCAUUUAUUUAAGAUAUGACUUCUUCUAUACAUCUUUUUAUUCUUUUGGUCAUGUAAUGUAAGGAAACAAGAGUUAAGGGACAGGGCUAGUUUAGAUUCUAGCAGCACUUUUAAUCCUACGAAGGUAAAUUCUUUUAUUUUGUGCAUUACUUUGAGAUGUGCAUUUUCUGAGGUUGAAUAGCAGAAUCUCGAUCGAUAUUUACUAAUCAAUACAGUGGUGGGUCUGAGUCAUAAUGGUUCUAAAAUAAGA